AUGGUGAUGAAUAAAAUUGUGACUGAACUCAUUCUUUUCGGGUUGACACAGAAUGCAGGGAAGCAGACAGCAAUAUUUGGGAUCUUCUUGAUUCUGUACCUUGUGACACUGUUGGGGAACUUUCUUAUUUUAGUGACUAUUAAAACAAGCUGGACCCUGAGGAGUCCUGUGUACUUCUUCCUGGUCUAUCUGUCCUUUGCUGAUGCCUGCUUCUCUGCAACCACAGCCCCCAGGCUGAUUGUCGAUGCCCUUUCUCAGAAGAAGACCAUUUCCUACAAUGAAUGCACGACCCAGGUCUUUGCAGCCCAUUUCUUCGGCUGCAUGGAGAUCUUUGUGCUCAUCCUCAUGGCCUUGGAUCGCUACAUAGGCAUUUGUAAGCGCUUGCGAUACACAGCCAUCAUGAGUCAGCAAGUCUGUGGUGUACUGGUGAUUUUGGCCUGGAUAGGAUCUUGUAUCCACUCUUCAGCACAGAUUUUCCUGGCUUUGAGAUUGCCCUUCUGUGGCCCCAGUGAGAUUGACCACUGUUUCUGUGACUUGCAGCCCUUGUUGAAACUUGCUUGCAUGGACGCUUACGUGAUCAAUUUGCUAGUGGUUUCUGAUAGUGGGGCCAUAAGCAUGGUGAGUUUCAUAAUCCUUCUUAUCGCUUAUGUUGUCAUCUUAUGCUCAUUGGGAAAUCACAGUGCAGAAGGAAGGCAAAAAGCCCUUUCCAUGUGCAGCUCCCACUUUAUUGUAGCUGUCAUAUUUUUUGGCCCAUGUAUAUUCAUAUACACACGCCCACCAACCACAUUUCCAAUAGACAAGAUGGUGGCUGUAUUUUAUACAAUUGGGACACCCUUGCUCAACCCCCUGAUCUAUACACUAAGAAAUGCAGAAGUGAAAGUUGCCAUGAAAAAAUUAUGGUGUAGCAAAGUAUGA